AUGCCCGCUGUUGACUCACAGACCCCGACCGAGCUGUCUGAAGACGUUCGAGUUCUGGGCUACGACCCGUUGAUCCCUCCAGCGCUUCUCCAAACCGAAAUCCCCCAAUCCCAAGCCUCCAUUCACACCGUUGCCCGAGGUCGCCGAGAAUGCAAAGAAAUCAUCCAUCAACGGGAUGACCGCCUGCUUGUCAUGGUCGGACCCUGCUCCAUCCAUGACCCGGCUACCGCCCUAGAAUAUGCUACUCGGCUGAAAGAGCUGUCUGAGAAGCUUUCCAAAGACCUCUGCAUUAUAAUGCGUGCCUACCUCGAGAAACCUAGAACUACUGUUGGUUGGAAAGGUCUCAUCAAUGACCCUGAUAUCGACGAAUCCUACAAGAUCAACAAAGGUCUCCGAGUCUCAAGACAACUCUAUGCCGAUCUGACUGGUAUGGGCAUGCCCAUUGCGAGCGAAAUGCUCGAUACCAUCUCUCCACAAUUUCUCGCCGACCUCAUCUCAUUGGGUGCCAUUGGUGCACGAACCACCGAGUCCCAGCUACAUCGUGAGCUGGCCUCCGGUCUAUCUUUCCCCAUGGGUUUCAAAAAUGGUACAGAUGGCUCCCUGAGCGUGGCAAUUGAUGCUGUGGGUGCAGCCGCUGCCAAACACUACUUUAUGGGUGUGACCAAGAAUGGCCUCGCUGCCAUCACAAGGACUAGCGGUAAUGAAGACGGCUUCGUCAUCCUGCGAGGCGGGUCGAAGGGGACCAACUUUGAUGCUGAGAGCGUCAAGGCUGCUCGUGAAGCUCUGAGGAAGAAGGGCCAUAAGGAAGUCAUGAUGAUUGACUGCUCACAUGGGAAUUCCAAAAAGAACCACAAGAACCAGCCGUCUGUGGCACAGGCUAUUGGAGACCAGCUGAGACAGGGUGAAGACGCCAUUGUAGCCGUCAUGAUCGAGUCAAAUAUCAAUGAAGGCAAUCAGAAGGUCCCUGCUGAAGGCGGUCUUGCAAGCUUACAGAAGGGAGUCAGUAUUACAGAUGCUUGCAUCAAUUGGGAGUCCACCAUUGAAGUAUUAGAGCAGCUCGCCGAAGCUGUCAGAGUGAGGAGAGAAGUCAAAAGCAAAGCACAAAAUGGAACCAGCAAUGGCGUUCAUUGA